UCAUCUUUUACACACUGCCACUCCAUUCUUUCUCUGUCCUAUAAAAUCCACUCUGCUUCGUCAUUCUUCCAUCCCAUCCUUUCUUUCUCUUCUUCAAUUCCUUCUCCUUUUCCACAAGGAUUUAGCAAUGGCUACUGCUGAGGUUGUAACACCGGAGACAGCUCUCCCAGAGGAAGCAACAGAGGUGGUGGAGGUGGAGGUACCACCGCCCAAGGUUGAGGAAGAAGAAGCUCCGCCUCCGGUGGAAGAAGAUCCGCCAGCGGAGGAGGUGGCAAAAGAAGAAGACGUCACGGAUCCACCAGCAGUGGAAGAGGCAGAAACUCCGGUUGAAGUUGAAACCAAGGAAGUAGUAGUAGAAGAAGAGGCAAAGGAAGAGAAGAAUGAAGAAGAAGAAGUAGUAGAAGAAGAGGAAAAGGAAGAGAAUAAAACAGAAGAGGCAGCUGAGGUUGUGGUGGAGGAAGAGACGAAAGCACCGGUGGAGGAGGCAGAGGAGAAGGCCGUGGAAGUGAAGCCUGCAGAAGAAGCAGAAGAGAAGGCAGAAGAAGAGGUUGGAGCAGAGAAGGUUGAGUAAUUAAAACCUGAAUACAUAUUAUUGGGUGUAAUAUGAAAAAAGUGAAUGGAGGGUGGUUUGAGAAAUUUGGUAACUUUAAAUUGUAGAGAGUUUUGUUUUUGUAAUAUGAAAAGUGGUUGAUUGAAUGGGGAUUGAAAUGGAGUGUAGUAAGCUAUAAAAGGAGUAUAGGGAUUGGGGAACUUUGUAUUUCUGUUUCUUGGAUGUCUGUUCACAGUUGCAAAUUUUUUCUUUUUUGCUAGUUUGUUUAUUAUAAUAACUUGCAAGUUAUAAUAUCUAUAUAUAUAUAUAUA